AUGUCGUUGUCGGAAGCACAGCGGCUGAUGAUCAGUGCUUACUUGCACUCGGCAGAGCAAGGCAAACUCGUCCAGGCGGUGGAUGCUUUACACGAUUACCUACUCCAGGAGGGCCUUGCCUGGAGACAGGUGCUGCGAUGCGAUUGCAUUGGUGUGCACGAAGAGAACCGUGAUGGUUUAGGGCUUUCAGCGGGACAUGUUUCUGACCUUGUGUCGAACAUCUCCAGCAUCGGAUUCUCGGCGGCCGAGUUUCGAGGAGUGGCUAUCGAAAUUCCACCAACCGCAGAAGGGGAGGCACUUCGAAGCUUCAACCGCAAGGUCACCGAGGAGAGCAAUGGGAGACUGGCUCCUGCAAGCAACAUCCGAUUUGCAUCCAUCGUAGGAUCGCACGCCAACCAGGCGGCGAGAUGCUUCUGGUUUCAAGUUCCCCAUACCGAUGACAAGCUCACUGUGGACAACCGGCUUUCGCUCGAAAAGUUGAAGACCGUGGAUGCCGGUUGGCAUCGUGCCAUCCAGGAGGGCAUGCAAUGGUUGAUCAUCUCGCAUGCGGUGCCUGCUGCGUUCCCGCAGUACACCUCCCUCGCACAAGCUGCGGGGAACUCUGCGAUGCAGAUUGCAUCGGCAGAGGGUGAGAUGCAGCUGGCACGUAAGGUCAACACCGCUAUAGCCAGCUUCCUCAAGCGGACCUCGAAAACGACCGUGGAAUAUGCGGAUAUCUCUGCGGAGAUCCUCCGCAGCAAACCGCCCCAUGCGGCAUCCUUACCGCACAUUUUCUCGUUCGUUCUCAAGUGCGGCGGGGGCUCCGGCGAGGGGAGCUACCUGUCGCGAACGGAACGGUUCGUGCGAGGACACGGGGUGUCCAAUCGGUCGCUGGGUGCCGAGGUCUGGCAGGCCUUGAGCGCCGACUGCAAGGGUCCCAACCAACACGUGCUUUUCCGGCACAUGCUGCUCAAAUUGGGCUUGUGCGGAGCGACAGACAAGAGCCUGACGGUGACGGACGUCAAGAGGUCGCUCACGGCCAAAGACGUCAUGGCGAGGAUGGGCGAGGCAGAGACCGUGUUCUUGGAGCUUCAGAAGCUUCUGCAGGGACAGAAUGCUGAGAGUGCUGAGGCGGCACUGGGGUUGUGCGAAAUCCAGAUGGCAGCUGUGGUUUUGCAGAAGAAGAAGCUGACCCAGUUUGACACGAUUCACCAGUCGGCGGAGAAGUGCCUCGGCGAUUUCGGCAUUGCGAGCCCAUGGACUGCAGCCAGUCAGGUCCCAGCGACAUCGUCUUCAGCAAGCACAGCUGCUCGUGGUUCGAGUCUCCGCAUGUUCAAUGAGCAGGGUGGCCUCGUAACCAGCUCACGUGUUUCCGAUCUUGGAUUUGCUGUGGGAAUGAAGGUUGUCCGCAAGGCGGAUGAUCAAGAAGGUACCAUCAUGGAGAUGUCGGCCGACAAGGUCCGCUUGAAGCUCAGCGACGGGAAGCUUUACGAAGCUUCCUCCGAGUCCUUCGUUCAAGGCCGCUGGAAGGAGUAUGUUGUCAAGCCGGAGCCAGUCCUGUGCAAAGAUUGGCUGAAUUUCUCCCCCCCCAAAAGUGAGGAGUUCAUUAUUGCUGUCGUGAAAGGUCUCGUUUUCCAAUCGAUGUGGCAUCAGUACGAGAACUUGAAGAACGAGAAGUUCGAUGUCUUCUUGAAGCCGUCAAAGGAUGUCCAAGUCAAGUCCACUUACAACGUUCACUCAUUGAAGCUAGCCAUUGCCAGCCCUCGUGUCGAUUGUCGUUUGGUCAAUGAGACUCUCCCUCCCGGAGCACUUCAGGUCGGCUUGUUUGCAACAGCCGGCAGCAAGCCAACUCACACGAUUUCCGUCCUGCCGACCUUUCAGGCGCCGAAAGCCGGCUCGGGCUUUAUCAACCCGCUGUGGCUCAUCAAGUCUACCUCAGAUCGCGAGGAAGGCAAUCUAGAAAUCGUCGGGGCCAACAAGCAGCAGAAGCUCACUUGCUUGUCAACCUCAGUCAAUCUUCCAAUGGUCCGGAAUUACAAAAAACUCCAGGCGGCCGAUAGCCUGGUCCUGUUCAGGCCUGACCAGCACAAGGCAGAGGAGAUUGAAAAUCUCCAGCCCGUGCAGAAGAAGGCGAGGAAGGCAUGCUCGCUGACUAGGGUUGCAGGGCCUCGCUCGCACCCGCUUGCUCAAAUGUCGGGGGAGGAGAAUGCCGAGGAGCUCGAAGAACAGGACGAGCAACCUUUGAAGAUCUACACGGCCACGUGCAUAAGCGGAGGUGGCCUGAAAGGUGUAUGGAUGCCCACCAUCGAGGAGGCAUCCGGUCUGACUUUCAUCAAGCUGAACAAAUGGGACCGUCAGUUAACCCAAUAUGUUACAGGAAAGUCCCUCAAUCUUUUUUCGGGAUCGAAGAAGCCCAAGAACUCUAUCAACGUCCAGUGGUUUCAGACGAUGACCGAGCUUCGCCGUCAAGCCUGUAACGACUCUCUGAAAAAGCUCAUCGUGCAGGCUGCGGAAGCAUCGGGCGGCAAGGUGCCCGAAAAAAUCCGCCCAGCAACACAGGCCGACGAGUUCCUGGCAGGUCGCUUUGUCACUGUGCAGGCUCCUCCGUAUAAGGACCCAGAGAACCCGGAUGCCGAGGAGGUGGAUGGUCCCCAGCUGAAGCUUCUGUGGAAGCUGAAGACACCGGACGUUUGGAUGGAGCUGACUUUCGAGAAUCUGGAAUAUGCCAAGAAGGCCAUCCUUGGAUCGCCGGCAUGGGAGCAGCCCGUCAGUGCCCGGGCCAAGCACAGCCCCAGAAAGCGGCGAAGGCGAGGCCCGAAACCACGUGGUCAUGAUGAACUCGGUGAAGAACCGUUGAAAGAUGACGGUGGCGAGGCGGCUUUGCAGAAUGCACCGAACGACGAGGAGGAGGACGAGGAGUGA